AUGGAUCAAUCCAACAUCAAAGCGUUUGAUGUCCACUCAACUUCAGCUUCCUCGGAAUGGAUUCGAUGGAAGCGAGCUGUCGACCUAUAUAUUCUUUCGAAAGGAUACACAGACGAUAAACGGAAGCAAGCUACCCUGUUAUCACUAGGUGGUAUGGAUUUGCAAGAUAUUUAUUAUGCAAUACCUGGUAACGAAACGAAAUCCGACGAGGAAACUUGGUAUCAACAGACCAUAAGGCUUUUAGACGCAUACUUCAUUCCUAAAAGCAACGUUACUUACGAAAGGUAUGUGUUCAGUAAAAUAAUCCAACGUCCGGAUGAACUGACCGAACAGUUUAUUAAUCGUUUACGACGACAAGUGACGAAAUGUGAGUACUCUGACGAAGAUGCUCAACUCUGUCAACAAAUCGUCGCCGGAUGUUGUAACGGAGAAAUACGCAAAGAAUGUCUUGAAAAGAGAGUACUGUCAGUAGGCGCUAUUCAAGAAAUUGCUCAGAAAAUCGAAACCGUGUCGUCACAGUUGUCAGCGUUUGAGCCGAAAUCUACACCAGCGUCCAUACCUGGAGUAAACUCGAUAAAUAGAAUUGCGUCGUCGAAUUCUACACGAUCGAAUGAUUCGAAAAUCAGUUGUUAUGGUUGCGGUUCGUCCAAACAUCGUACGAAAGAUGAUUCUUGUCCAGCAGUGGGAAAAGAAUGCCGUUUCUGCCAUAAAAUUGGUCAUUUCGAUAGCGUCUGUCACGCAAAGAAGAAUCAGAAGGAGGAUAAACCUCAGAAUAAAUCGCGCCGCCGUGAUAGAAAGAAACCGCCAAGGUCGUCUGAUGAAAAAAGCGAAAAUUCGUCCGCCUCGGGGAAGAAAUCGGUAAAUCAAGUUAGUACGGUUAACUACGUGUUCCACGUUUCGAGUAAAGUUCGUGCCAAAGAACUUCCUUGCGCCGUCGGAGGAGUUCAUCGCAACGUUAAAGUCGUGUCUCAAGUGCGUAACGAUGAAAAUAAAAAGCUAUUUGCAUUCGGUGCUUCGGAGCCUCUCGCAAUAGUUGGCAAAUUCUCCGCAGAAAUUUGUGUUGGUAAUCGUUCGCUAGUGGCCGAAAUCGUAGUCGUCGACCAGGACAAUGUACCAGCGUUAUUGUCUCGAGAAACAGCGACUGAUCUUGGAGUGUUGGAGAUUCGCAUACCACAGUCCAACGUUAACGCCGUAACUUCGACGAUUUCACCGAAUCGCAAAGUUUUCCAAGGGAUUGGUUUACUGAAGGAUGUUGAAAUAGACAUUCCCAUCGACGAGUCCGUACCGCCGCAUCGACAGAAACCUAGACCCAUACCGCUCAAUCUACGAGAUCAAAUCGACGAGGAACUCGACAGUAUGCUGGAAAACGACAUCAUCGAGCCGGUAGAUACUCCGUCACCGUGGGUAUCGAAUAUGGUAAUUUCACACCAUAACGACAAAAUUCGUAUUUGUGUCGAUAUGCGUGAUGCAAACAAAGCGAUCAUCACUGAAGAUUAUCCGUUCACAACGAUGGAGGAUAUUCGCGCCGCUGUUAAGAGCGCAAAGUGUUUCGCCCGUCUCGAUUUACGCCGUGCAUUUUACCAGAUCUUACUCAAGAUUAAGUCCAGGGUGAUUACAACGUUCAUAACGCAUCGAGGUUUAUUCCGUUCAAAACGUCUCAUGUUUGGAAUAAAAUGCGCACCUGGUAUUUUCCAAAGUAUCCUGCGCAAACUUCUGAAGCUUCUUGGUUUCGCAAUCAAUUCAGCCGACGAUAUCUUCAUAUUCGCUAACUCAGAAGAAGAACUGUUCCGUUAUGUAAAUCAAGUGAUCGACUUGCUCGAGCAAAAUGGUCUCACGCUGAACUACGAUAAAUGCAUCUUCUACGCGACGAAAAUCGAGUAUGUUGGUUUCACCAUCGUUCCAGGUGGAAUUCAAGUUUCAGACGAAAAACGAGCCAAAAUCUUGGAAUGGUCCGCACCAACGUCCAAGGCCGAAGUUGAAAGCUUCCUGGGCUUCGUUAAUUUUGUACGUCGUUUCAUUCCGAAUUACAGCGCUAUCGCAGCACCGUUGUACGAUAUCACGCGCAAAAACGUUCAUUUCAAAUGGGAACAAGAACACGAAAGUGCGUUUCAAGCACUGAAAGCUCAGUUGACCACGGACCGCAUCCUGAAGAAUUUCAAUCCGCGAUACACAACACAGCUGUAUUGCGAUGCGGGUCCAAACGCGCUCGGUGCAGUCCUAGUUCAAAUAGGCGCCGAAGGUCCUGAGUACGUCGAUUUCGCUAGCAAGACGUUAACCGACGUAGAACGAAGGUACUCUCAGCUGGAGAAGGAAGCCCUUGCCCUUGUCUGGGGAGUAGAGCGUUUCCAUUAUUACUUAUACGGGCGCCGCUUCCAGCUUAUCACAGACAACAAACCGAUCCAGCUGAUCUUAACGUCAAGCGAUCUAAACCAGAGCUUGAGAGUACAGCGAUGGCACCUUCGUUUGCAGGGAUAUGACUUCGAGUUGGUCCACAAAGCGGGGAAAAACAAUAUCGCCGACCCCCUUAGUCGACUAGUAUCCAGUACUGACCGUUCGCACGAUCACGUCGAGUCAUAUAUUCAUCUUGUCAUCAAUGCCAGCAUUCCGAAGCUGAUGACGCUGAAAGAAAUCGAACAAGCUUCCCUGAAUGAUCCCGAAUUCGUCGAACUACGUAACGCUAUCGAGUCUAACAAUUGGUCCAAAAUGCCAGCUGCCUAUACCGCUAUCAGCAGUGAACUCAGCGUAUACAACGACAUCAUUCUACGUGGAGACCGAAUCGUCGUACCUUCUCAGUUACGCCAACGUGUUUUAGACCUUGCCCACGAAGGUCAUCCUGGUAUUGUCAGCCUGAAAGCGCGUCUUCGAACGAAGGUUUGGUGGCCAAACAUUUACGCUGAAGCCGAACACAAAGUAAAAACGUGUCCAGCCUGCCAAGCAGUUGCGAAAUUCGAGCCGCCCGAACCGAUACGUCGUCGUCUAUUGCCGGAACGUCCUUGGGAUCAAGUCGCUUUCGACUUCAUGGGACCGUUACCCUCAGGCGAUUACCUUUUCGUAGUAGUCGAUUUAUACAGCCGGUUCUACGAAAUCAAAAUCACGAAGACAUCUACGGCAAAAUUCAUCGUUGAAACCUUGCAUGAAAUUUUCGCUAGAUACGGUUACCCGUCCAUCAUCACGUGCGAUAAUGCUCCGCAACAUCACGCAAGCGAAGUUGAAAGUUUCUGCAACGAGUAUGGCAUUCGUAUGUUUUACUCAACACCGUUUUGGCCGCAGUCCAACGGAGCCGUAGAAAGACAAAACCGAAACAUCCUCAAGACCCUGAAAAUUGCUCAAAUCGAGGGGAAGGAUUGGAGAAACGAAAUCCAGAAAUUUCUACUCAUGAUGCGAAAUACUCCUAAUCACGCAACUGGAGUAGCUCCUGCCGAGUUGGUGUUUCGUUUCCGCCCACGUGACCAAAUUCCAUCGAUUCAAAACUAUCAAGCCGAUCCCGAGAUGGAAGAUAGAGAAAAUCUACGGAAAUACAAGGGUCAAAUAUACGCCAACGAUAGUCGUCACGCCACCCGGUUCGUACCAGGUCAACAGGUCUUAGUCCGAAACGAGCAGAAAACGAACAAGCUCACGCCAAGUUUCGACCCAGAGCCAGCGACAGUCGUAGCAACUCGAGGUACCGAGGUCGACAUCAGUAAAGGAGGUCGUACCUAUACUCGAAAUAGUUCUCAUCUCAAAGAAUUUCAGUCGAGCGUGACUCCUCAACCUGCCGCCGUUGAGAUCCCUGAAAUACGAAGUAACGAUCCGCCGCCGGAACCGUCGGGAUAUGUGAGCAGUCCAGCUGCACCAUCGAGCUCAACUGAACAUUCGAGUCCAAGAGUCCAGGACACUACAAUUGGUCGCCCGAAGCGCGAAAUUCGAAUCCCUUCGAAGUUCAACGAUUACGUCUUAAAUAAAUGA